AUCCUGUUCGAUACGUCUAAAUGAACAUGUGUUUUUUCACCAAACAUUCGCUGUAUAUCUACGGAAGGACACGAACACUUCCGAAUAUUGAUUGUUAGUUGGUAGAAACCAAGAUGGCGGAUCACUACUGAUAUUUUUUUUAGAAAACCAUAUUUCUACAAUUUGGAAUGGGAAUGAAAGAUGAAGGAAUGAAAUCCACCACAACAAUGAGAGGGCAGUUGGGGGUCCGCAGCGGACCCCUAGCUCCAACUUCUGCCAAGCUGACGACGCAGUACCUUGUAUUGGAUCACAUGAACAACCACUAUACCAAGAUCUCCAGAGCAAAACCUGCUAUCGAUAAUAGGCCACCUAAAUCUUUGUCUACGAGUCAAAAAGCUCGCGACCGCAAGACCCGUGAGGUCAUGACAAAGACUGGGGGAAGACCCUCUCCCAUGAAGGCCAUACACAGAUCGCACACGACGACAGGUUAUUACCAGGAGGACAUCUAUAAUGAAAAUCUAUGGGGUGAGCCUGACCCAGAUGAUGAGGAUGACCAGCUUGUACACAGCAUCAUGCGUACCACCUUGCGAGGCAACCAGGCGCUAGGGCAAGGGCAGCACAACGAGGUAGAGCAGGACCCUGAGGGCUUUAACCCGUACACUCGAACCACGAGACAGCGCCCAUCGUCUGCCAGAUCCAACAGAUCCAUGGGUAGCCAGGUCUCAAGAACCAUGGUGCAGGUUGCAAAAAAGGGCACUUACGACGGUGAUGUUCUGGAUAAACGAUCGCAUGUUUUCACCGAGGGUAAGCCGUUCACUCCAAGGACUCUUAAGACGGAUCGUAAGUCGAGGCUGAGUCAAUACAAGUACUAUAAUAAGCUUCCACCUAAGUCUAAUUCCACCAGUGCUAAACAGGAGCUUGAAGCCGAUCAGGAGGAAGAGCAGCCUGUGGCACCAGAAGAGAAAAUCAGACCCCAGCCGAAACCACGGCAACAACGCCUGGACCAGACGAGGGAGGGGCCUGUAACCAUGAACUCGCUGAUGUUUGAAACCCUUCAUAGCCGAGACUUCAAAAGAGAGGAGCCAAACCCAGACAUUCCAAAGCUCGAUAUCUCCAUGGAUACUGAUCACUUGAAAUGGGUUAAAGAGCAAGCGUUGAAAGCCAAACAUCGACGGAACAGUGAAACUUUGAAGUCAGGCACUUUACGCGAAGAGGGCGGCUUGAAUGAAAGUGUAGAUUUCGGGAAAACUGAUGAAAUGACACUCACUUAUGGCACCCUUGGUAGCACAAAGACCAGACCCCCCCUUGGCAGCGCCAGAAAGAUCUCUCCGGAAGAUGAGGAAGCUAUGUAUGUGCGAUUCAUGCGAGAUGUCACUAAUGAGGUGCUAGACAGGGGUAUAUAUACGGACAGGUCUCUGAGGCAGGUGUUCAAGGCCCAUAUUGCCCGCAACAAGGGACGGCUGGAUGAGUUGAGGUUACAUCAGAUAACAGACGACAUCCGACAGCAGCUGAACAUCCCCCGCUACGACAUGGAUGACGACACAAGCCUCUCGAUGACCAAGACUGACAAUCCGCUCAUGAACGGAACUAACCUUGACCUGGACAAGUACACUGCUGGCUAUGGGCAUCUAAAGAAGGGUCGAGGUGAGACCAAUGUGGAACUGGAGGAAACCGGUUUGAACGAGACCUCAAAAACCUCGAAAGUCAGUGAGGACCAAUCCGCAGAUACGUAUAACUUUAAGAGUACGGAAGAUGAUGAUCUGUACAGUACUAUACAGUCUGAUAUGAACAACACGGCUACUUUGAACGACACCCAAGCGCUUAAAACAUACCAGAUGAGCAUAAACGAGCAGGAAGAGCUAGAGGAAAGUGAAAUUGAUGACAGACAUUCAGUCAAUGAUAAACGAGGUGAUGGUCUCAAUGGGGAAGGUUCUGUUGUGAACAGUCAUACCGGUGAAGUCGUCGAUCACCAUGACUAUGAUGAUGAGGAGGAGGAGGAGGAAGAUGAUUAUGUUGAUGAUUAUGAGGAUGAGGGUGAUGAUGAAGACGAAGCUCAGCCAACAGAGCCAACCGCUACUUACAGAACAGAUGAUGAUGAUGAUUUUUAAGUGUGCUGUCAAUUUGUUAAUUUCCAUAAAUUGUUACAAAUGCAGUUUCAUAGUUUCUGUUAGAUGUUAUGAAUAUAUUCAUUUGCUUCAAUAACUGUCUUACAUAUUUGAAUCCAUAUUGAUUGGGCAUUACAGAUAUGUCUAACAGUAAUACUCAAAUGAAACAUAGAUUCAUCUGUGUAAAUGCUGAUCAAAUUUAUUGAGACAAAAUAAGUUUGGGUUCAUAUGUUGUUGUAUAAACAGACCAGUAAAUUUAUAUUCAUCUUGAUGGUCAAAUUCUUGUUCUCCAAAAUUGUCUAGGUUUUAUUUGUAUAGAUUGUGCUCACAUUUAUUUUAUUUUUUUCUAAAUGUAAAACUAUAUGGUAGGUGUAUGCAAUCUUUGUAAGUAUAGAUUAUAUGUCUGUGCAUCAUUUCAUUUGGAAUUUGUAUGUUUACCUCAAUUUGUUAAAAUCCAAAUCAAAAUUUCAUUUUAUGCUGUAAAUAUGUUUUACGCAUUCAAAACAACAUUUCAAGUCUGCUGCAUUACAUUAUGCAGUUUAAGUGAAGAACAAAUUUGCAUGUACUUGUGUUAAGCUGUCUCAAUUACAUUCCAUCAAAUAUAAUUGUGAUAAAUUUUACAUGGUACUUAUAAUUUGUGUGAAUAUUUUACAUAAGACUUUUA